GAAGCAUUGAAUGCGUUGAAGCCUGGCAAGGGAUUUUGCUCUUCUAGACAUCAAGCAAUAUGGGUCGAGUCAGGACAAAAACCGUCAAGCGAGCUUCGCGAGUGCUCAUUGAGAAGUACUACCCCCGACUCACGUUGGACUUCCACACCAACAAGCGUCUCCUCGAUGAAGUCGCUUCCGUCCCCUCCAAGAGGCUGAGGAACAAGAUCGCUGGAUUCACCACCCACUUGAUGAAGCGUAUCCAAAAGGGACCUGUCCGUGGUAUCUCUUUCCGAUUGCAAGAGGAGGAACGAGAGAGAAAGGAUCAAUACGUUCCCGAAGUCUCUGCUCUCGCUGCCAAUCCCGACAUCCCUACCCAGGUCGACCCCGAGACCAAGGACUUGCUCAAGUCUCUCGGAAUGGACAGCAUCCCCGUCGAUGUCCAGGCCGUCUCUUCGUUUGUUCCCCGAGAGAGGAAGACUCGUUUCGUCCCUGGUGCCGGACGAGCUUAGGGUAUCACGAGGUGUAUGUAGUUCUGCACGAUGGAUCGAUAUGCCUGAA